GAAAAGCAGAGGCAUCUAUAUCUAUCACUCUUCCAGUUGCAGUGAUUCGACUCUUUCAUCUCUGUGUUGUUGGACUGAGAAAGCUAUAUAUAUUCAGAGAGAGAGAAAAAAAAAAUAAAAAUAAAGUUUGUGUCUUUGUGUUGUUUUUCUUUUGGGUGUGUGUCUAUAAGAAAGAAAAAAAUGCAGCAGCACCUGAUGCAGAUGCAGCCCAUGAUGGCAGCCUAUUAUCCCAACAAUGUCACUACUGAUCAUAUUCAACAGUAUCUGGAUGAGAACAAGUCGUUGAUUUUGAAGAUUGUUGAGAGCCAGAAUUCAGGAAAACUGAGCGAGUGUGCUGAGAACCAAGCGAGGUUGCAGCGAAACCUGAUGUACUUAGCUGCUAUUGCUGAUUCUCAACCGCAACCACCUACUACUAUGCAUCCCCAGUUUGCUUCCAGCGGCAUAAUGCAGCCUGGAGCACACUACCUGCAACACCAACAAACCCAGCAGAUGACACCACAAUCACUCGUGGCUGCACGUUCAUCGAUGUUGUACAGCCAGCAGCCAUAUUCUGCAUUGCAACAACAAGCCCUGCACAGCCAGCUUGGCAUGAGCUCAGGUGGAAGCACGGGACUUCACAUGCUGCCAACUGAAGCUAGUACUGCUGGAGGGAGUGGAACACUUGGGGCAGCUGGCGGGUUUCCUGAUUUUGGCCGUGGAUCUACUGGGGAAGGAUUGCAUGCAGGUGGAAGAGGACUAGCGGGUGGGAGCAAGCAAGAUGUUGGGAGUGCUGGGACUGCUGAAGUUCGAGCAGGAAAUUCUGGAACAGGCGAUGGGGGUGAAGCCCUUUACUUAAAGGGGGCCGACGAUGGGAAUUGACUGGUAAGAAUGAUCACAAAAUGGUUAAUUAACGUCAGAAAUUAGGAGAGAGUCUAGUCAGGGAGAUGAAUUUAGCAGAAAAUAUGUGAAAAACUCUUGCUGCCUAAACAACUUUUUAUUUGAUGUUUACAACAAUGGUGAGGUUUAAACCUUAAACCAUUAGCUUGUUUGGUUUUUAAGUUGUGAGACAAUGCAAUCUUGUGGUAGCAGUGUAUCUGUAUCAUGUAUAUUUGUAGGUUAUAUUUUCAGGUC